AUGGCAAGAAAGGCAUCCUCCAAGGCACCCUCCAAGGCACCCACCAAGGCGCACGCCAGGAAAACCACUGAUACGCAUAUCAAGCCAACCAUCGAGGCGCACACCAAGACACCCACCGAUGCACACACCGAUACGCACACUGAGACAACCACCGAUGCGCAAACCAAGAUACCUACUGAUGUGCGCACCGAGUCACCCAUCAUGGAGAACGGUUUGCUGCAAGACAUCCCAGAGUGUCCAAAUAGUCCUCUGUUUGAACCUGAGGGCUCAAAUCUUUCAACCAACCCUCAGCCUACCGAUGUUAUGAGCCCUGGCAUGACUAGACUUCGAGCUAUUGAGACGAACGCAAAAGCGGCAAGUCACCGCUGGACAGCCACUGCUGCAGACUUGCUCAUACCAGCAAAGCGCACAGCUGAUAACGCGUUCGACAGCGGAGACGAUAGUGAUGAUGAAGUACCGCCGUUCGACCCAAGCCAACAGCGGCGUCCGAAGCUACCUAUGUACCACCCUGCUUUCCAGCAAUCAGAAAAAGACAUUCAAAGCAUUUUACAAGUCUUUACAGACUUUUUACAGGCUAGCAUAGAUAAUGAUAGCGGUCAAGGUGAAGAAGCAAAAUACCUCUGCAAUCAAAUCAACAAGGACCGCCGUAUCCGCUAUCAGACUGAGAUCCGCCUUGCAAUUACAGGCGACACAGGAUCUGGAAAAUCUGCAACUACGAACGCCUUGUUAGGCGAAAAGCUAACACCUGAGGGCGACAGUGGGAGUGCUUGCACUAAUGUCGUUACUGAGUUUCGUCAGAAGAAGCUAUCCACAACUUCAGGCGCAGUGUAUGCGGAAGUUCAGUUCUACUGCCUAGAACACUGCACCGAGGCUCUUGUCGCCAGCUGGUUCAAAGAAUGGCGUAAUAUCACUCAGCAAAUGAUUGACGACGAGACUUCGGUGGAUGAUGACGAUCGAGCCCGCAGGGAUGCUGCACUUGAGUGCUUGGAGCAGCUUUUUGCGAACCGCGUCGAGUCACUCGAGGCCUUCAUGCUGACAGGCAACGUUAAGAAAGAAGGGGCCACAAGGAUAGAGAGUGCUACCAUACUCAAGCAACUGUUGAAAUGGACAGUCGAGAUACACGAGCAGUUCGUCUCCGAAGGCGAACUCUUUGUUCCCCUCACGUCUAGCACUCACAGCGAUAUGCGCGACCAGCUCCGUCCCUUCAGGAUGCGAGCUGAGAACUCGCGCUUCAAUGGAAAGUCUCUCCCUUUCAGUCCAUGGCCGUUUGUAGAAAUUAUUCGAUACUACGUCAAUAGCCCUUUACUACAAGACGACAUUUGCUUAGCCGAUGUGCCGGGUACCAAGGAUAUCAACAUGUAUCGCGUUGCGGCUGCUGAAGCCUAUUUACAGCAGUGUGAGAUGACUAUAGUAGUCGUCGACAUCAAGCGUGCCACGAGCGAUCAAUCUUUUCGGCAGCACUACCUCGAUGCACACAGUAGGCGGUACCAUGGCAGUGUUAUCCUCGUAGCCACGAGAUCAGAUGAUAUGAACAACGAUGACGGCAGUACACUUCAGCUCGACGGCACAGCAGAAGAGCAGCUUGUUCCCAUCGACGAAGAGCUAACCAAGCAGGACGAGAAGUUGCGAGCCAUCGAGAGCCAAGUGACUGCCAACAAGAUUGAGAUCAAAUGUCUCAAAUCCAAAAGUGAUCAAGACAUGGCCGUUGAUGAUGACCGAUCCAAGUAUGAGGCUUUGCGCACCGAGAACAAAGCUUUGAAUGCAGAGAAAAAAGACACAGUGUCGCGCAUUACCUCCUUGGAUAAGGAACGCACAAAAAUCUACAUUAAAUGCCGUAACAGGAUUGUCACCAAGGGCAUGAAUCGAAUGUACAUCCAGGGUACACGUGACGAUGCAGGUGCAGCAUCCUUUUGUGUCUCUAAUCGCAUGUACAUGCGACACCGACAAGGCUACAACAUACGAAAUCCAGACAAGACUCCUACUAUGGAUAUAGAGGAUACCCAAAUCCCUGCAUUAUUUAAGCAUAUUUCUGGAUUACCUUCACAGGGAAGGAUCGCCGUUCUAGAACAUUUUAUUAUGUUCAAAGUUCCAAUGUUGCUGAGCAUCUUUCAAAUGAGCUGCAGCAAGAGUACUAAGGCUCGUGUGGAGCAUGUGACGGCAAUUCUGGACAAUACCACCAAGAGUUUGGAGGCUAGGAUUGAAGAUAUGGCAAUAAAGUUCCGCGACACAUUCCUGCAAGAUCUCGUCAACGAGCUGUCAAGCCGUAAUCUGAUGAACAAGUUUCACCGCAACGCCAUAAGGCAGUUGGAAGAGUUGCAGAACAUGAAAGGCGCCUCCUACAAUGCCCUCAUCAAGAAGAUGGGCAAAUACCACCAGAAGAAGCUCGGCAUCCACCAUGAUCUAAAUGCUGAGCUCAUGAAGCCUUUGACCUGCGCUAUCGACAACGCCUUUCAUGCUGUAAUCGACAACGCACCCAACGCUUUCAAAGCUCUUGCUACGCAGACGAUCAAAUCAGGCUUUCAUGAAUUGAAUAAGAUUUUAAGAGAUGAUCCGCAAGCCUUGGCUGGGGAGGCAUACCAAAUCUGCUUUGGCAACAAGCUCGCCAGUUAUGAGAAAGACAUCUCUUUCAGAGUCGACGCUGCCUAUAAGGAGCUCCGCCUGGGGCUUAUUGAGACGCACCAACGAGCUAGAGGCUCCGACCAAGAGACCUAUAUCUACGACGCUAUGCAGCAGAUCUAUAUUGAUGCUGAGGCAGAGAGACCCGUAAAACGUCAGACCCUUAAGGAAACCCGCCAUACAUAUCUUCAGCGACAUGUUCCUGAUUAUAAUGGCCCCUUUGCAGCUAUUGCUGAAUGGACCGAAGAAGACGUUAGUAAGACUAUUAAUGAAACCUGCGACAAGCUCUGUAAAGACAUCGUCGCUAUUCUUAAUAAUAUUCGCUCUGCUUUUGAGCGACAGAAGACUGAAGAGAAUAAUAACACACUAGAGGGCCAGCGCUUCCGCAAGGAGCUACAUGAGCUGGUUUCUGAAGCGUCGAGAAUUCUGAAUGGGGUCAUUAAAGAGAAUUUAGAGAGAUGCAGGGAGUUCAAGUUAGGCAUUGGGGGUUGGGAAUAA